AUGCGCAUUGCCUGCCAGCGUGCCUCCAGCCUCAUCGUCGUCAACGCCCGCCUCGCCGCACCCCGGCCACUCGCUGCCGGUGCAGCCCCUGUCCGGCGCUCCUCCAGUGCAGCCCACCAGGCCUUCGCCGCGCCCUUCGGCACCUCUUUUGGCGCGUCGUCCUUCACAGCACCACUCGCUUCUGCGCCUCGUGCCCCUCACCUGUCGCGCUCGGUUGCCACGGCUGCAGGGGACGGCAGCUCCGGGAGUGAGCUUUGGGGGCAGCUGCUGAGGAAGGUGGCAACGGCCGUUGUGGGCACCGGGUGCUUCUGGUGCACAGAGGCGUGCUACCAGCAGAUCAAAGGCGUGAGCAGCGUCGUCAGCGGCUAUGCUGGCGGCCACGUCUCAGACCCCUCAUACGAAGCGGUGUGCGGCAAGAAGACCGGUCACAUCGAGGUGGUCAAGAUCACCUUUGACCCUGCAGUGGUGUCGUACAAGGAGCUGCUGGAGGUCUUCUUCACAAUCCACGACCCGACCACGCCAGACCGCCAGGGCAAUGACGUAGGCCCGCAGUACGCGUCGGCGAUAUUCUACGCUGACGCCGAGCAGGAGGCUGUCGCCAAGGAGGUGCGUGAGCAGGUGACCAAGGACAAGCUGUGGCCCAACCCCAUCGUCACCAAGCUGCUGCCCCUGGCCACAGACGGCCCCGCGCAGUUCUGGUCUGCCGAGAAGUACCACUGGGACUACUUCAACCGCAACCCCGGCCAGCCCUACUGCAUGUUUGUGGUGGAGCCAAAGGUCGCCAAGUUCCGCAGCAAGUGGGCCGCCAAGCUCAUCAAGUGA